UCCUGGACGCGCGCUCGCGCUGCGUGUUCCCGCCUUUUGACUCCAGCCGAGCGAAUCCUGGGAGAGGGCAGGUGACGUCAACAGUCAGGCUCGAUGGCGGCGCGGCGGCGGCUGAUGGGGACCAGCGGCCGGCGCAGUCGGGCGUCAGCUUCUAAAGCAUCAAAUGAAACCGACAAUACAGAAGACUCUCCUCCUGCCAAGAAAACUCGAAGAUGCCAGGGGCAGGAGGUGAAAAAAGAGCCUGUGCCUGGAGGAAAGGCUGAUGAGGACAGAACAGAAGACAAGCAAGAGUCUGUGAAGACCUUGCUGUUAAAGGGCAAAGCUCCCGUGGACCCAGAGUGCACCCUAAAGGUGGGGAAGGCCCAUAUCUACUGUGAAGGGAAUGAUGUGUAUGAUGUCAUGUUAAAUCAGACCAAUCUCCAGUUCAACAACAACAAGUACUAUCUGAUUCAGCUGUUAGAAGAUGAUGCUCAGAGGAACUUCAGUGUUUGGAUGAGAUGGGGCCGAGUUGGGAAAGUGGGGCAGCACAGCUUGGUGGUUUGUUCAGGGGACCUCAACAAGGCCAAGGAAAUCUUUCAGAAGAAAUUCCUUGACAAAACAAAAAACAAUUGGGAGGAUCGUGAGAAGUUUAAGAAGGUGCCUGGAAAAUAUGAUAUGGUACAAAUGGACUAUACCACCAAUACUCAGAAUGAAGAGGAAACAAAAAAAGAGGAAUCUCUUAAAUCCCCCUUGAAACCGGAGUCACAGCUAGAUCUUCGUGUACAAGAGCUGAUAAAGUUGAUCUGUAAUGUCCAGGCCAUGGAAGAGAUGAUGAUAGAAAUGAAAUAUGACACCAAGAAAGCCCCACUUGGGAAGCUGACAGUGGCACAAAUCAAGGCAGGUUACCAGUCUCUUAAGAAGAUUGAGGACUGUAUUCGGGCUGGCCAACAAGGACGAGCUCUCGUGGAAGCAUGCAAUGAAUUCUACACCAGGAUCCCACAUGACUUUGGACUCCGUACUCCUCCAUUAAUCCGGACGGAGAAAGAAUUGUCAGACAAAAUACAACUACUAGAGGCUUUGGGAGACAUUGAAAUUGCCAUUAAGCUGGUAAAGACCGAGCUGCAAAGCCCAGAACAUCCAUUGGACCAACACUAUAAAAAACUACAUUGUGCCUUGCACCCUUUAGACCAUAAAAGUUAUGAGUUCAAAAUAAUUUCCCAGUACCUUCAGUCUACCCAUGCUCCCACACACAGUGACUAUACCAUGACCUUGCUGGAUGUUUUUGAAGUAGAGAAGGAGGGUGAGAAAGAAGCCUUCAAAGAGGACCUUCAUAACAGGAUGCUGCUAUGGCAUGGUUCCAGGCUGAGCAACUGGGUAGGAAUCCUGAGCCAUGGGCUUCAGAUUGCCCCACCUGAGGCUCCCAUCACAGGUUACAUGUUUGGAAAAGGAAUCUACUUUGCUGACAUGUCUUCCAAGAGUGCCAAUUACUGCUUCGCCUCUCGCCUAAAGGAUAUUGGAUUACUGCUCCUAUCAGAGGUAGCUCUAGGUCAGUGUAAUGAGCUACUGGAGGCCAACCCAGAGGCAGAAGGAUUACUUCAGGGCAAACACAGCACCAAAGGACUGGGCAAGAUGGCUCCCAAUCCUGCGAGCUCCGUCACUCUGAAUGGGAGUACAGUGCCCUUAGGACCAGCACAUGACACAGGAAUUCUGAAUCCAGAUGGUUAUACCCUCAACUACAAUGAAUUUAUUGUCUAUAAUCCCAACCAGGUCCGUAUGCGAUACCUUCUAAAGGUUCAAUUUAAUUUCCUGCAGCUGUGGUAACAUUGAUAUUAAAUAAACCAGAGAAGAUAUCUUCAAGCAAGGAAAUAAACAAUGUUGUACUUUUGAACUUUUUCUUAUUUUAUGUAAUAAAAAUAGUACAAAUCUA